CGUCAUCUCAGUGAACUACUUUUAGCUAGCCGUUCCUUUCCAGGUUAGGGGCCAUUGUUUUGAGGGACAAAAUAUGGCGGGAGGAGUUAACAGGAAGAUAUCAGCAGCAUCAGCCAGGGCUCACACCAGAAAAUCUAAUCAGAGCACUUCUUUCAAUCUUCCUCCAGGUGUAUUCCAGAAAAUACUAGCAGUCUUGUUUGUGGAGAUUUUUUCAUGGAUUUACCAGGCGAUCCAACCUCCUCCACCCAGGAUAUGUGGCUCUCCUAAUGGCCCUACUGUUACAGCACCAAGAACAAAGCUUCGAGAUGGAAGGUAUUCAGCCUACAAAGAACAUGGUGUUCCAAGAGAUGUGGCCAAGUAUAAAAUUAUCUAUGUGCAUGGUUUCAAUUCUGGUAGGCAUAAUGCUUCUGUUGCAGCUACUCUAUCUCCGGAAGUUGUUGAGGAGUUAGGGAUAUACAUUGUGUCCUUGACAGACCAGGUUAUGGAGAAAGUGAUCCUAAUCCAAAACGAACAGUAAAGAGACUAAAUGGAAACAAAAUGCAAUCAUGAUAUCUAGAAAAUGGUUUGGUGCUGUCAAAAAAUAAUACAAAAAAAGACAUAAGAUUAUUGCUGUUUUAAGCAAUAUUUACUUAUAAGUUUCAAUAUUCUUUGUAGAUUCUCAUAGUU